AUGGCGCCCAUUGCCAUCACGCCCGAUCCUUCGACCGCGAGUCCUUCCGGCGACAGUGAUACCGGCUACUUUCCUCGUGAUGGCCGCUACGUCAACGGCCGCCCGGGGGGCACCACAAGCGGCUUUGUCAACGGCAGUGGCCUUGGCCUCAACACCGACAGCAUGAACAAUGGCGCUCCGAAGAUUGAGAACACUCAGACACCCAUUGCCAUCAUUGGCAUCGCCUGCCGCAUGCCCGGCGAUGUGGCCACCCCGGCCGAGUUCUGGGAGCUCCUCUCACGGUCUCGCUCUGGAUUCUCCAAGGUUCCUGAAAAGCGGUUCAAUGCCGACACGUUCUACCACCCCAACGCCGGAAAGGGAGGCAGCUUUAGCGCCGUUGGUGGCAACUUUCUGACCUGCGACCUGGAGUCGUUUGACGCGCCCUUCUUCGGCCUCACGGAAAAGGAGGCCAUCUCCAUGGACCCGCAGCAGCGCCUCCUGCUGGAGUGCACGUUCGAAGCACUUGAAAGUGCCGGCAUUCCCAAGCAAAAUAUUGUUGGCAAGGACGUCGGUGUUUUCGUCGGCGGCUCGUUCCCUGAAUACGAGUCCCAUCUGUUCCGCGACAGCGAUACGAUCCCCAUGCACCAGGCUACAGGUUGUGCAUAUGCCAUGCAGUCGAACCGGCUGUCUCACUUUUUUGAUCUGAGAGGCCCCAGCUUUACGUCUGACACGGCAUGCUCGUCGAGUAUGGUGGCCACGCACCUGGCGUGCCAGAGCCUCCGCCUUGGCGAGUCGAGCAUGGCCAUUGUGGGUGGCUGCCACUUGAACAUGCUGCCUGAGUUCUGGAUCUCCUUUUCCACGUGCCGGCUCCUAUCUGACACGGGACGCUCUAUCGCUUUCGAUGAGCGCGGUACCGGUUUCGGUCGCGGCGAAGGUUGUGGUCUGAUCGUUCUCAAGCCUCUGGACCAGGCUCUGCGCGACAACGACCCCGUCCGGGCAGUGAUUGUGGGCACUGGCCUCAACCAGGACGGCAAAACACCGGGUAUCACCAUGCCCAGUGGAGAGGCCCAGGAGGCCCUCAUGCGGCAGGUUUACCGCAACGCUGGCCUCGAUCCCAAGGAAUGUGGCUUUGUCGAGGCCCACGGCACCGGCACCAAGGUCGGCGACCCUAUUGAAGCAACAGCCUUGCACAAUGUGCUUGGUCUGGACCGCACCACACGCGAUCCGCUCUACAUCGGUUCGGUCAAGUCCAACAUUGGCCAUCUCGAAGCCGCCUCUGGUAUUGCCGGCAUCAUCAAGGCCGCCCUCAUGUUGGAGCGGGGCUUCAUUCUUCCCAACCAUGACUUCAAGGUGCCGAAUCCCAAGAUCCCCUGGAAGGAGUGGAACAUGAAGGUGCCCAUCAACCAGCGUCCCUGGCCACGCGGCAAGAAGUACAUUAGUGUCAAUAACUUUGGCUUCGGCGGCACCAACGGUCACGUUGUCCUCGCAGCGGCGCCCUUCAAGGCCAAGCCGAGCUUUGAACAGGACCUGUCCGUCGCGGCCACCAAUUUGCGCAAGCUGUUUGUCUUCACCGCCAACGACAAGGCAACUCUCUCGGCGGUGAUGAAGAAUGCCGUCAUUUACCUCGAGCAGCGUCCCGAGAUUUUCCAAGCCGAUCUGAUGGCCAACUUUGCCUACACAUUCGGCCAGCGCCGCUCGCAUCUGCAGUACCGCGCCGCCAUCUCAGCCAGCAACUCCUUUGAGCUCGUGGAGACCCUCAACGGCGAGAAGUACACUCCCGGCAAGGAAACCGAACCCCUCAGAAUCGGCUUCAUCUUCACCGGCCAGGGUGCGCAGUGGUGGGGCAUGGGCCGCGAGUUGUACGAGCAGUACCCCGUCUUCACCAGUGCCAUUGAUCACGCCGACCGUUGCCUCGCCGCACUUGGCGCUGAAUGGUCCCUCGUCGAGGAGCUCGGCCGCGAUGCUACCACCACUCGCGUCAACGAGGCACACAUCAGCCAGCCGUCGUGUACAGCCGUGCAGCUUGCCCUGACAGACCUCCUAUCCAGCUGGGGCAUCCGUCCCGAGGCUGUUGCCGGUCACUCGAGCGGCGAGAUUGGCGCUGCUUAUGCUGCAGGAAUUAUCACCUUUGAGACGGCCAUGGCUGUCGCAUACCACCGGGGCCGCCUCAUUCCCAUCCUCAAGGAGAGCUUCCCGGACCUCAAGGGCCGCAUGAUGGCCGUCGGUGGCAGCAAGGAGGAGUUCCAGCCCAUCAUCGACAACCUCAAGGAAAAGGAAGUCCGCAUUGCUUGCUACAACAGCCCGUCCAGCUUGACGAUUUCCGGUGACGAGCCGGCACUGGCGGAGCUCGAGAAGAUCUGUGAAGAGCGUGGCAUGUUCAACCGCCGGUUGGUCAUCGACACGGCCUACCACUCGCACCACAUGAACCUCGUUGCGAAAGAAUACCGGGCCAGCCUGCUGAAGCUCAAGGCUCCCGUCGAGACCACUGUCCGCUUCCACUCGUCACUACAGGGCAAGCUCAUUUCUGCAUCGGAACUCCAAGCAUCGUACUGGGUAGACAACCUGACCUGCGCCGUUCGAUUCGACGAGGCUUUGCAGAGCAUGCUCGAGCCUGUCGGAGAGCACCGCACCGGCGUCAAUAUGCUUGUUGAGCUCGGCCCCCACUCGGGCAUGCAGGGUCCUAUCAAGCAGAUUCUCAAGCACGUCGGCGGACCAGCGGCCAAGAUCCCCUAUGCAUCGGCGCUCCUCCGCAAGAAGGACGCCGUGGAGACGGCCAUGGACCUCGCUGGCACCCUGUUUACGCGUGGUCUGGCCCUCGAUUUCGAGGCCGUCAACUUCCCCAAGUCUCGCACGGCCGCAAAGCCACCUGCACUGCUCAUUGACCUUCCCCGGUACCCAUGGAACUACUCCAACAAGUACUGGCAAGAGUCCCGCACGACGUUCAAGCACAAGCACCGCGCCGGUGCCCGCAGUGAUAUUUUGGGCGUGGAGGCCAUCUACUCGAGCGACCUGGAGCCCACAUGGCGCAACAUUGUCCGCCUCGAUGACCUGCCUUGGCUGCGUCACCACCGCAUCCAGUCCCUUAAUGUCUUCCCUCUGUCGGCGUUCCUUGUCAUGGCGCUUGAGGCCAGUGCACAGCGUGCCAUCAGCCAAUCGCGCGUCGUGGACUCAUACGAGCUGCGGGAUGUGUCUGUGGUGAAGCCGUUGAUCAUCCCUGACGAGGACAUUGAGAUGACCAUUAGCCUCCGCCCGCACCAGGAUGGCGGUUCUCUCCUCCCUACGUCUGCAUCCGAGGCUGCGUGGAACGAGUUCCGUAUCAGCUCAUACACGCACGCCAAGGGCUGGACCGAGCACUGCAUUGGUCUGAUCGGCACCAAGACCGUCGAGGAGAAGGUCAACGACGUGGAUGGCGUGCGCCAGGCCCAGACGGCCGCGGCCGCUGUUCGCUUUGCCAAGCUCCUUGUUGGAGACGGCAGCACCGCCAUUGACAGCUCCAAGAUGUACGAUGCCCUCAGCGAUUUGGGCGUGGCUUUCGGCCCCACCUUCCAAGGCAUCGAGAACUGCCGGGCUACAGAGACUGCUGCUUCCGCUGAUCUGGCGGUGCUGGACAUCGCCGCCGAGAUGCCCAACCACUUUGUGGCCAGCCCAUCUCUGCACCCGUCCUUCCUAGAGUCACUCAUCGAGCUGUAUUGGCCGAUCCUUGGUGCAGGCCGUACUGAUGUACGCAAUGUUUAUCUGCCAUCGUCCCUGGAGCGCCUGACUGUGUCGGCGCGCGCCAUUGAGCUGUCCCAUGGAACAGGGAACCUCCUCAGCGCCUACUGCACUACGCAGGAUUUAGCUCUGGCUGUUGCGUCAGAAAAGUCGGCCAGAGUGACUCUGCACGCCACAGCGGAUCGGGACUCGACUGAACCGCUCAUCACACUCGAGAACUUGACCAUUGCGCCCAUGAUUGAUGGCUCCAGUGGCCUCGACAGCGGCGCCCAUGGCCCUCGUGAGCUGUGCUACAAGCUGGAUUGGGAGCCGAUUCUGGAUUCUCUCUCCAACGGCCACGGUGGUGACGGCGCAGGGUUCCCCGAUGCCGAGGUCGUUAUUGUCCACGAGGAGAGCAACUCACAGACGCUGAUUGCCAUGGGCCUGGCGACUGCACUCGAACAGGCCACCGGCCGCAUGCCAGAACUGGGCUCGCUUCACAAUGUGAAUGUCGCAAACAAGAUCUGUGUCGUCCUUUCCGAGCUCCAGCGUCCUCUUCUGUCUACCUUGACAGAGACCGAGUUCGCCUCUCUCAAGACACUGCUCACUACCGCCGAAGGCUGUCUGUGGGUGGUGCGUGGCGCCUACAGCGGAUCGUCCAAUCCGGACGCCAACAUGGUGCUGGGUUUGAGCCGGGCCAUCCGGUCCGAGACGGCGAUGAAAUUUGCGACGCUCGACCUGGAUGCGUCCAAUGCGCUCUCCGAGGGCGAUGCUUCCAAUGCCAUUGUUCGUGUUUUCGAGGCUGCUUUUGGUGCCAACGCGUCCAACACGAGCGAGCUGGAGUUCUCGGAGCGCCGUGGCUCCUUCUUCACGCCCCGCAUCAUCAACGAUGAGGCUAUGAAUGAAUAUGUCCACCGCCAGACCCACCCCGACAUCAUCGAGCCGACAGCCUUUGGCGCCGAGGGCCGCUCGCUCAAGCUGUCUCUCGGCCAUUCGGGCGCUCUGGACACAGUGCACUUUGUCGAUGACGCGACGGCUGGCGCCGCUCUGGCGGCCGACGAGAUUGAGAUCGAGGUCAAGGCCAUCGGUGUCAAUGCACAUGACAUUGCUGUCGCUUCCAAGGGCCAGACAGACGCGAUGGGCUACGAAGCCAGCGGCACAGUCAAGGCCAUCGGCUCAUCAGUGACCAAUGUUCGUGUUGGCGACCGCGUUGCCGCUCUGACACCUACGAGCGGCUCCUUCUCCACCGUGGCUCGAACGACGGCGGCUCUUGCGUUUAAGCUGCCGGCUUCGGUGUCGUUUGAGGCCGGCGCUUCCCUGCCGUUGGCCUUUGUCACGGCAUACCACAGUCUCGUCGAGCUUGGCCGCUUGGCCGAUGGCGAGUCCAUUCUCGUGCAUGCCGCAUCGGGUGCCAUCGGUCAGGCCGGCAUCUGCCUGGCACAAAUGGUUGGUGCCGAGGUCUUUGCUACAGUCAGCAGCGCCGAGAAGAAGGCUCUUUUGGUCGCGGAGUACAACAUCCCCGAAGACCAUAUCUUCUACAGCCGAGACACGUCUUUUGGCCGCGCCGUGCGCCACGCCACCAACGGCCAGGGCGUCGACGUUGUGCUCAACGCUCUCACCAGCUCCAACGCCGCCAAGGAAUCGUGGGCCACGCUGAACAAGUUUGGCCGGUUCCUGGACAUUGCACCGCGUGAUACAUCCGGUCACGGUGCUUCGUCGUCGCGGCGCCUCCUGGAGAUGGGCCAGACAGACGGUAGCAACGCCAGCUACAUUUCGGUCGACAUUUUCGCUCUGGCUGCGGAGCGGCCCAAGAUCGUGCGGCGUCUUAUCGCAGACGUCGGAAGCCUGCUGACGUACGGCAAAAUCCGACCCGCUGCUCCCAUCACCGCCUUCUCGGUGUCCGAUGUCGAGAGCGCGCUCAAGGCUGUGCACCCCAGCAACAACAACCGUGCAGCAGGCAAGCUUGUUGUUGUGCCCCACGCCGACGACAUUGUGCGGGCCACAGCAGCACAGAACCAGCUGGCCGACCUCCUGCGCCCGGAUGCCACGUACGUCCUGGUUGGCGGCACGGGUGGCCUCGGCCGCAGCAUGGCUCGGUGGAUGGCCGGCAAGGGUGCCAAGCACAUUGUCCUCGUGUCACGCACAGGUUCGGCGACGGGCGAGGUCAAGACGCUCAUUGACGAGCUCGCCGACCAGUCGGGCACACAGGUGGUUGUCCGGCAGUGCAACGUGGUGGACCGUCAAUCGGUGGACGAGCUUCUGUCCAGUGGCUUGGCCGGUCUGCCGCCCGUGCGUGGCAUCGUCCAUGGCACCAUGGUGCUGCGCGACAUUCUGUUUGAGAAGAUGUCCUUUGAAGACUACGACCAAGUCGUCGAGGGCAAGGUGCGCGGUGGCUGGAACUUCCACCGUGCCCUGGAACACACGCCGCUGGACUUUUUCGUCGCCAUCUCCUCGGCGGCAGGCGCCGUCGGCAACCGCGGCCAGGCAGCGUACGCGGCGGCCAACUGCUUCCUGAACGCGCUCGUGCAGCACCGUCGCGCCGCGGGGCUGCCCGCAUCCUCGCUCGACCUGACCAUGGUGUCGGACUCGGGCUACUUGGCCAACAACGCGGAGAAGCUGGCCGAGGUGGCGCGCAACCUAGGCAGCGACAGCAUCUGCGAGGCCGAGGUGCUGGCGCUGCUGGGCGCCGCCAUCAGCGGGCGCCUGGACGAGACGUGCGACGGCCACACCAUCACAGGCAUGCGAAUCACGCCGUCCAUGCAGCCGUUCUGGACGGAGGACGCCAAGUUCAAGCAUCUGCGCCUGGCCAUGGAAGAGUUGGCGGCGGCCGAGGCAGCCGCCAAUGGUGGCAGCGGCGCCGCCGUGGUGUCGUUCAACGCACUGCUCAAGGCGGCGCAGUCGCAGGCCGAGGCGGAGGAGGCGGUGUGCGCGGGUCUCGUGGACAAGAUCGCGGCGGUGCUGAUGCUGGAGGCCGAGGACAUGGACGUGACGCGGUCGCUGUCGCACUAUCCGCUGGACUCGCUGGUGGCGAUUGAGAUCCGCAACUUUAUCACGCGGGAGUUUGAGGCCAACAUGCAGGUGCUGGAGCUGCUGUCGUCGGGCUCGAUCCAGACGCUAUCCAAGGCGGUCUGCGCCAAGAGCAAGCUGGUGUCGUUUUCGUGA